AUGGGCGGGAAGCAAUCUCGCAGUUUCCCCAACAGGGAGAUCAAUGAGGUGAAUGUGAGUAAAAGGAGGAAGAGUGUUGAGAAAGACAACCAGCCCAGCCUGUCCUCGGCUGCUGAGAGGAUCCGCAGACACACCACGAUGCACUUUGGCUACAACACCCUCAGCCUGGCCAUGCGGGGGCUCGAUGGGACCCCCACUGAGCUGUGGGAGCUCCGAGAAUUGCAGAAGCUAAACUUGUCCAUGAACUGCCUGUGCUCUCUACCCUCUGCCCUGGGCACUCUGGACAAUCUGGUGGUCCUUAACCUGUGGGGUAACAACCUAUCCAGCCUGCCACCUGAGAUAGGUCUCCUGAAGAAGCUGCGGGUGCUUUUUGCCUGUCGUAACCGCCUGAGUGAGGUCCCAGAGGAGCUGGGCUCCUGCGCCUGCCUGGAGGUGCUCAGCCUUUCCAACAACCAGAUCACAGGCCUUCCUGGCAGCCUGGCAGCCAUGCACAAUCUGACAAAACUCAACCUUAGCCACAACCGCAUUGCUCACAUCCCCACCUGCGUCUACAGCAUGAAGGGCUUGGUCUUUCUCCACCUGGCUUGCAACCGUCUGGAGACCAUCGCGGAUCAGAUCCAGGACUUGGUUAACCUGAAGAUCCUCAUUGUGGAGGGGAACAGUAUCCACACGCUGCCAAAGACACUGUGCUUCUUGGAGUCUUUAGAACUCCUCAAUGUUGACUUUAAUGACCUGCAAAACGUGCCGGUGGAAAUGUACCUACUGAGCAGGCUUGGGAGGUUGGCCUGCCACCCGCUGGAUAAAGGACUUCACAUUGUUCACAAUCCCCUCCUCAAGCCCAUCCAGGAGGUGCUGCAAGGAGGACUCAGUGCUCUCUAUAACUACCUCAAGCCCUCAUGAGGGUCUACCACUGUUUGGUGUGUGGGUACAUCUGAGGGUGUGCGUGUGAAAGAGUGUGUCAAUAUGGGAUCGUGGCACCAAAUCUGACCCCUGGCACAUGAUAGUCAUGCUGUGAGCGCUUGUGUUAGUACUGAUUACAUUAAGAUGCUAGCACUCAAGACAAAUGACUGUUAUUCAGUAUUAAUGAUUAUACUUUCUGUUUUUUAUGUCAUAUAAAAGCCAGGUUAAAAAUAAAC